AUGGAGUGUCCGCACCUGAGCUCCAGCGUCUGCAUCGCUCCGGACUCAGCCAAGUUCCCCAACGGCUCCCCGUCGUCCUGGUGCUGCAGCGUGUGCCGGUCCAACAAAAGCCCCUGGGUCUGUCUGACUUGUUCAAGUGUCCACUGUGGAAGGUAUGUGAAUGGCCAUGCAAAAAAACAUUAUGAAGAUGCACAAAUACCCUUAACCAACCAUAAGAAAUCAGAAAAGCAAGAAAAAGCACAGCACACGGUGUGUAUGGAUUGCAGUAGCUACAGUACAUACUGUUAUCGCUGUGAUGAUUUUGUGGUUAAUGACACCAAGCUGGGACUGGUACAGAAAGUCAGAGAACACUUACAGAAUUUGGAAAACUCAUCUUUCACAGCUGACAGGCAUAGGAAAAGAAAACUUUUGGAAAACUCAUCACUGAACAGCAAGUUACUAAAAGUAAAUGGCAGCACCACUGCUAUUUGUGCCACGGGCCUUCGGAAUUUGGGGAAUACGUGUUUCAUGAACGCCAUCCUUCAGUCGCUCAGUAACAUUGAGCAGUUUUGCUGUUAUUUCAAAGAGCUGCCUGCUGUGGAAUUACGGAAUGGGAAGACAGCAGGACGGCGAACGUACCACACCAGGAGCCAGGGGGAUAACAACGUGUCUUUGGUGGAAGAAUUUAGAAAGACACUGUGUGCUUUAUGGCAAGGUAGCCAGACUGCAUUUAGCCCAGAGUCCUUGUUUUAUGUUGUUUGGAAGAUUAUGCCCAAUUUUAGGGGCUACCAGCAGCAGGAUGCCCAUGAGUUCAUGCGCUACCUGUUAGACCACCUGCACUUGGAACUCCAGGGUGGCUUCAACGGUAUUUCCCGCUCAUCAAUUCUGCAAGAGAAUUCUACUCUGUCUGCAAGUAACAAAUGUUGCAUAAAUGGAGCAUCUACAGUUGUCACGGCUAUAUUCGGAGGCAUUCUCCAAAAUGAGGUUAACUGUCUCAUAUGUGGGACAGAAUCUAGAAAGUUUGAUCCAUUCCUAGACCUUUCAUUAGAUAUUCCAAGUCAGUUCAGAAAUAAGCGCUCUAAGAAUCAAGAAAAUGGACCAACUUGUUCAUUACGAGAUUGUCUUCGCAGUUUUACUGACUUAGAAGAACUUGAUGAGACAGAGUUAUAUAUGUGCCACAAGUGCAAGAAGAAACAAAAGUCCACUAAAAAGUUUUGGAUUCAAAAACUACCCAAGGUGCUAUGCUUACAUUUGAAAAGAUUUCAUUGGACAGCAUAUUUAAGAAACAAAGUUGAUACAUAUGUAGAAUUUCCCCUGCGAGGCCUAGACAUGAAAUGCUACUUACUAGAGCCCGAGAACAGUGGCCCAGAGAACUGCCUGUACGACCUCGCUGCUGUGGUGGUGCACCAUGGCUCUGGGGUGGGUUCUGGACAUUACACAGCAUACGCAACUCACGAAGGUCGCUGGUUCCAUUUCAAUGACAGCACUGUAACUCUGACUGAGGAAGACACCGUGGUGAAGGCCAAGGCCUACAUCCUUUUUUAUGUGGAACGCCAGGCCAAAGCUGGAUCGGACAAACUUUAA